ACGUAAUGAUGUCCUCCUUGUAGUGGUUCUUGUCGACAUAGACGAAGAAUGGAACAAGACGUUCAUGCUCUGUACAUCUCUAUAUCAGUCCUCUUCUAGGUUAAAUCUGACGCGUCUUCUUCUUGUUUCUGUGCAAUGCUGGAGAUAGAUGUUGUCGCGUUAUAAAGACCCAGUAGUGCACACCUCCUUAGCUUGUUCUGCAGGAAUAUUUUUUUGGCUUGUGUCUUCCCGGAAUGAUGCACAACUUGUCCGUUGGUUUAAAUCUAGUCUGCAGAGCAUGUGAAAAUCUUUAAGUCCUUUGAUGAGAAUCCAUGCUCCGUUAUUGUAAGUGCUCUUUUUCCUGGAGAGGUUUGAUUUGACAUACUGCACUCAACAGAGUCACAG